CCUGUGGAUACUGAAGAAUGGAAAUAGUUGAUGCCAGUAGCUUCCUUGGGAAUGGCACCAACAUUACUGAUUUCUUCUGCGAUAUCAUCUUGGAAAAUGACACUUUUUUCUGUGUGGAUGAUGCACCUUAUCCUUCUAAAGAUUUGCAUCAGAUAAUAAGGAUUCUGCUGUAUUGCUUGAUAUUUCUGCUCAGCAUUUUGGGGAACAUUCUGGUGAUUACAGUGCUGAUAAGAAACAAGCGGAUGCGAACAGUCACCAACACCUUCCUGCUGUCACUAGCAGUCAGUGACCUGAUGCUCUGCCUUUUCUGCAUGCCUUUCACCCUCAUUCCCAACCUGCUAAAAGAUUUUAUUUUUGGAAGUGCUGUUUGCAAAACUGCCACUUAUUUCAUGGGUGUCUCUGUAAGUGUCUCUACCUUCAACCUGGUUGCCAUAUCUUUGGAGAGAUACAGUGCCAUUUGCAAACCACUGCAGUCCAGGGUCUGGCAGACAAAGUCUCAUGCCCUGAGAGUGAUUGCUGCGACCUGGUGUGUGUCCUUUGUGAUCAUGUCACCAUACCCAAUCUACAGCAAGCUGGUACCUUUCACCAAGUACAACAACACCACAGCCAAUAUGUGCCGGCUCCUCUGGCCAAGCGAUGUCAUUCAGCAGUCCUGGUACACUUUCCUGCUCCUCACACUCUUUCUUAUUCCUGGGAUUAUAAUGAUGAUUGCGUAUGGUCUAAUUUCUCUGGAACUCUACAGAGGAAUAAAAUUUGAUGCCAGCCAGAGAAAAUCUUCACGAGAAAGAAGAAUAAGUACCUGCAGCGCCAAAUACGAGGAUGGAGACGGAUGUUACCUCAACAAAACCAAAAGGAAAAGGAAAAUGCCAUUGCAACAGCUCUCUGCUAUGAGCCACAACAAAAUCGAGAGAGUGAGAAGCAACAGCUCUUCUGCCAACUUAAUGGCCAAGAAGCUUGUCAUCCGUAUGCUGAUGGUGAUAGUGGUUUUGUUUUUCAUUUGCUGGACCCCCAUCUUCAGCGUCAACGCCUGGCGCGCCUUCGACACGGCCUCCGCCGACCGGCGCCUCUCGGGGGCUCCCAUCUCCUUCAUCCACCUGCUGUCCUACACCUCUGCCUGCGUGAACCCCAUCAUCUACUGCUUCAUGAACAAGCGCUUCCGCAUGGCCUUCCUGGCCACCUUCGCCUGCUGCGCCCCGCAAGCGCCGCCCGCCGCGCGCGGAGAGGCUGCUGAGGAGGAGGAGGGCAAGACGACGAGGGCUUCCCUCUCCAAAUGUUCCUACACACACAUGGCUGCCUCUGCACCCCCCUGA